CAUUAAAAAAAAAUCGAAACGGAGCGUAUCGGCUCUUAACUAUUAUUCCUUCUAAACGGCGCCGUUUCUGGAUAAUUACCCUCUUUCUUCUUCUUCCUCCUCCUUCUGUGAUAAACCACUCUGUGAUUGCUCGAGAUUUUCUAGCUUUGUCUUUGCUUAGCCAUUAACACAUGAGAAAUUCUGUGAAUCUACCUCCCACGCCAGAUGCAGUGGAGGACCAAUCAAAAGAGCCUUCCCUUCAAGAAAUCAUUGGCAUUAAGUUAAUUGAGAGUGGAGAAAAAGAGAGGUUAAUGGAACUUCUGCGAGAAAGGCUUAUAGAUUGUGGGUGGAAAGAUGAAAUGCGAGCUCUUUGCAGGGCAUAUAUAAAGAAGAAAGGGAGAAAUAAUGUUACUGUGGAUGAUCUUGUACACGUAAUUACACCAAAGGGCAGAGCUUGUAUACCUGAUGCGAUAAAGGCUGAAUUGUUGCAAAGAAUCCAUACAUUUCUUGCAUCAGCUGCUCUUUGAGUGUCAGUACAAAUUUUCUAGUGUGAAGUUGUAAUAGAGUUACAAAGAUCUUACUGAAUCAGUUUGAAGUCAUCUUUUAUUUUACAGUCGUCAUCCACAGCACAGGUUUCUCCAAGGAUAGAGAAAGCUGCAUUCAUAAUGGAAUAGCAGAAUGCAGCGGCUUGAAGGUUAGCCCAAAUGUUGCAUAAUGAAACAAAAGACAGGUUUCAUGUCGAAUUGAUAUUUGCAUAGGGCUUGAAGUUCAGGUUUUGGUGUUCCUAUUGAAUUUCAAUUACCAAUGUCUGAGUUACCAGUUGGUCCGGCCUCCGGUCUUAUUUUGUGUCAUGUUCAAAUUGAAACCUGGAGUGUCCGUGUAUACUUGUGAAUAAUUAUGAUUUGAUAAUUGAAAUAUUUUUCUU